AUGGAUGGCUUCGACUUCUGCGAGAUGCCGGUGGCCGUACACCGUGCGACUGUGGCGGGGCGAGACUUGCAGUUCUGGGCCGCAGCACGACAGGCCGACCUACCUUUAGAAAUGGAGGAAGUUUCCGAAGUGUCCAAGCUGCUGCCAGAAGACUUCAACGAUGACAGCAUCUUGAACAGCAUGUGUGCCUGCAUUUUCGACACCGUUCCGGCCCUGUGCUGGAGGCUCUCGCGCGAAGCCUUCACUGGCAAGGCGCUGGAGCUUGGUUCUGGCAUGGGGCUUCCUGGCUUGUGGCUGGCUUCGGCUGGGGCGCACGUGGUCCUGACAGACUGCCAUCCAGGAGUCCUGCGACUGCUUCAGCUGAACGUCGAUCUAAAUGGCCUGCAAGGCAGGGCAGAAGUCAAAGCACUUCGCUGGGAGGACCGGCCUCUUUGGUUGACAGGCUUUGACCUGGUGAUCGGCUCGGACAUCCUGCAGCUUGAUUGCAAAGAGCCUGCCGGAGGUGCAGUGUUCGCACUGCGGCAGUCAGUCGGGUACGAAAUUGCCGGCUUCCGGCUCUUCAAGGCGGCUGCUUGUGCCCUGCGACCCGGUGGGCGCCUAGUUCUUGCGAACACCAUACGCGGGGCCAGCGUUGGAGUAGCAGCCAUCCAGCAGCAUGCAGCAUCGGCGGGCCUUUGCCUCAACGGCUGCGUAGACGCUGCGGUGGGAGAGGUUGCCGUCUUCGAGUUUGAGAAACUGGACCGUGUCGUCCCUUCAUGCGAACACAGCUGCGGAGAAUCAAAACAUGCUUGCUGCCGGCGUCUCUGA